GCAGGCACAAAGUGCAGCAGUUCCCACCGCAGUCUGCCUCAGCACCUCAGCAGCCCGCAAUGCCCUUGGAUACUGCAGCUCUUUCCGUCUCCGCAGUGCUCUGACCAGCCCGGGCUAUCAGCGACUUCUACCGGACCUAUCGUGCUGGAGCCCCAUCAGCUCUGAGAGAAACUCAUGGGAAAGGUUCAGGGAUAACAGGGUGCGGGUGAUCGCCACUGCAGAGGACCUGCCGGUGGUUCGCAGACCAGCAGGAGGAGGAGGAGGAGGAGGGGGUGGGCUGCCUUGUGUCAGAGGCUUCAGCGUCGCAUCCACUAUUUUGAUCACUUCAUAUCACCUUGAAUGGAUACAUCAUGGCUACGUUUACAUGCAGGGUGCAGUUCUUAGAUGACACCGACCCGUUUAACAGCACUAAUUUUCCAGAGCCCACCAGGCCGCCUCUGUACACCUUUAGGGAAGAUAUUCCUCUGAUCAAUCAGAUAGCUGGAGUCCACAGGCUGCUCAAAGCCCCACACAAGGCUGAUGACUGUGCCCUACAGCUCUCCCAUAAUGGAAGCUAUUUGGAUUUGGAGUCCACUCUGGCAGAGCAGAAGGACGAAAUGGAGGGAUUUCAGGAGGAUGGAGGACGGGGCAAGAAGCACAGCAUUAUUCUUCGAUCAAAGCUUUCUGUCAGAGUUCAUGCCUGCAUUGGGUUUAAGUACAAUCUGUGUAACUGA